AUGUCCCCCCACGCAAAUGAACCACACACCCCCUCCCCCCCCCCCGAGCCUCCUCGUUUCCGCCAAGCCCAAACCACUCGCACCAGUAUUCCCCCUCCCCCUCCCCUCUCCACACCUCCCAUCCCCGCUCCGCGUCCCCUUCCCCCUCCUGUCAAUGCGCGCCCCUUCCCACUGGCAUCCCAACCAACUUCCGCGGACUCUCGCGGAGGCGGCGGUAGAGGCGUGCGCGCAUCGGGGGUGGCGACGAUGGCGGUGGGGGUGGCGGCGGUGGCGGAGGUAAGGAAUUGA